AUGUGUAGUCUUGAUGUUCAAGUCCAAAACGAGCUCAAAAAUCUAAGUUCACCACCUUCUGUUGGAUAUGUUCUGGAGCAGAGAAGUGGAGAUCCUCUGUUAAAAAUCAAUGUUUCCAACAAAACAUUGCUGCAAUGGAGAGGAAUAAAGAAGCGGAUUCCAAAUGUCUCAUUCCUGCAAAUCUAUCGUUUAGUCGCACAUGAUCUUCCUUUUGAAAUUAAGGCAGAUGUCCCUAGACUAGAGGAGAGAUUUCGCGUUCUAUCUAGUAGAGUUGAUAAUCAAUAUAAAGGCAUUGCUGGUUACACCAGAGAGAAGCUUCUUCAAAAAGCUAAAAUUAUACACGUGUAUGGUGAAGAAUUGGUGAAUGUUAGUAACCUCAGCAAACGAGUUGUAGAAGCAGAGCAAGAGAAUUUAAACUUGAAAGAAAAGCUGAAGGAAGUGGAUGAAAGAUGUGAGGAGUUCCUUGCAGAAUUAAUGGUUGAAAAGCAAAAACUACAAAAAAAACAAGAAGCACACAACAUAGAGUUGGAAACUCUAGCCAAUGAAAAUAAAGAACUGAGGAGUUACAUUGACUAUCUUGAAAGCCUCGAAGAGAGCCAUGCAUGCAGCGUUUGCGAUGAGGAACUAAAGAAUGGUGGCAAGAGCCUUUCUGAGGUUGGCGAGAGACAGAAGAUUCGAAAGAUGAAACUGCUUGCAACAAGAGCAGAAAAGGCACUUUGGUUUGUAGAAAGCUUUGGUGUGAAAUUGCAUUCAUUGUCACUUGUUGACAAGGAUGGGCAGCCAAAAAAAAUUGAUUUUGCAGAAUGUGAAAACAAGAAGUCAAUUUUUAGUGAAUUGAGUGAAGAGGAUCAAGAUAAAAUUCGAGGAGUGCUAUUUAUUAUGGACAGGUUUUGUGUCAGCGAUGCUGCCUACCAUGAAUUUUCAAUGAGUGUACAUGGCAUGGAGAGGAGUUAUUUGGUACGGCAGUGUAGAAGUGACCUUAAUAAGCUCAUACAUAUAACAAGGACACCAGGAAACCAACCUGGUGUUCAAAUGAGUUUCAAAGAAGAACUUCAUUAUCAGCUGAAAAAGGUUAGUCCAAAAUUGUUUGCUUAUAUUUAUCUAGAACUGCAUGCAUUACCUCAUGAACUAACUGAGAUGAAAUGUGCCAGGUGCACUGUGGAAUAUACUAAUAGUAGAAUAUGCUACAUAACUCUGCUGAUAGACUUGUAUAAUUGUCAUUCUUUAAUUAAUAACAGAAAAUGGAUGAAGGAUUAAUUAAUAAUAAUGGAGAAAAAGUAAAGAUAAGUGGCGAUGGUGCUAAGAUGUCCAGGAUUGCAAACUUUAUUGUCUUGUCAUUCUCGAUAAUCAGUGAUGAAGAGCAAAUUAUGUCUGCUUAUGGUAAGAAAGCUCUUUGUAAUGCUUAUAAUUAUGACAAAAAAAUCCAAAACUCAAAAGUUACAGAAAAAAUCUAUGAAAAAUCUCAAAAAUUUCUUAAUUAAUCUGGAAAAUAUCCUGGAAAAACCCUUGAAAAAUAAUCCAAAGAGAUUCCCAAAUCACAAAAAUCACCAUCAUUUUGUUACUAAGUAACAUUUCUUUUAUAUUUUAAACACAAACAGGAAAUCACGUUUUUGCUGUAGUGUCAGGAAAAGAAGACUAUGGUGUUAUAAAAGUUACCUGUGGGGAAGUAUUCCAAGAAAUAAAUGACUUAAUUGAUAAAAAGAGCAUCAAUGUAAAUGGACAAGACAUCCCUUUGGAUUUUUAUUUGUCCGGAGAUUAUAAGGUUAGGUCAAAUUACUUAAUUCAUAUAUCGACAAAAUAUUGUGAUGAAGAUUAUAUUUUUAGCAGUGAUGGUCAUGUCUAAUAUAUCCUAAUAUUGCAGUAAUUUUAAUAGGUGAUCAAGUAAUGAGAAUAUAGGAUAUGAUCAGCAGGCUGACAAUUUAUUUUCCCACAGUAGUCUAACAACUGCCACAAUGUUCCUAGGCAGUCAACCCCCCCCUGAAUUUGUUGGCUAAGCUUAUAAAUUUAGGGGGGGGAGGUCUUGCACAUCAACCUGCCAAAGUAGCAAAUAUUUUCAUUGCUCUAUUUUUGGUUUCUAUUUCUAGUUUUUGUUGUUGGUGUUGGGACUGAAUGCGGCAAAUUCCAUAUAUGCAUGCAUUUAUUGCACUGUUCCUAAAACUGAAAGGUAAAAAUACAUCAUAUUAACAUACCGGUACUGUACUUGCAGGUCCUUGAGGUUGACCACCAAAUCUAGUUUUCAUUUUAUCCUUUAAUUAGGAAUUCCCAAACUUUUGUUUAAUACCUUUGUUUUGCUUACCUUGACUGGUAUUAACCAGCUGUUUAGCUUGUGGCUUUACUUGUUGUACCCCAGUAAAGUACCCACCUUAUAAAUUUACAUUAGUUGUAAUAUAUUAAUUGGAAAUAAUAAAAUAUAAAGUUCUUGAGCAUGCUUCUAUUUAAAUUAAGAUGGGAUAUGUCUAAGCCAGAAGAUCAUUAUUGGCAAAAAGAGAAUGCCAGAACACUGGAUGAAAUGAAGAAAAUGGCAGGGAAGUCAAACAACAAUUAUGGUUGUGUAAAUCAACCUCUGCUAAACAUACCAUUAGAAAAUAUUAGAGUUGAUGAACUUCAUCUGUUGCUUAGGAUAACUGGUCAGUAUGCACUAUAAUAUGGUUCUGUGUCUUAAUUGAAGAUUAGGCUGUGAUACCAAACUACCUCCCAUGAGUCGCAUCCACACUCACCCAGAUGUCUACCUGGGAUGAGUGGGUAAUCUGUAAGCAGACCAUUUUUGCAGAAUAUUUUGUCAUAACAAUACAUUAAUAGGAGAACUACUGUAUGGCUGAGAAAGUACCAGUGAUGCAAUAGACUUUGCCUUUGAUAUUAAUACUAUGAUAUCACUAUUUUUAUCACAGAUAUUUUGGAGAGAAACAUUAUAAAUUCCUGCAUUGAGUGGGAUGUUAGAGAAGCAGUUCAACAUUCUGGACCAAACAAACAUCUAACAAACCUAGUUGCAGCUAUCAGCAAUUGCGGCGUUGCUUUCAGCGUUUGGCAAAAGCCAAAUGGAGAUAAGAAAGGCAGUGGAUAUUACGAUUGGUCAAGUAUGGUAGGGAGUGACAAAAAAAGAGUUCUUAAAACCCUUCCAGACAAGUUGGAAGGCUUGCUUCCUGAAAACAGUUGCCAUGAAGUAAUUAAGCUUUGGAAGGUAGUGAGCAAUACAUUAUUGUUAUAUUCUGAGGUGGUUGGAAUUUUGUUGAGGGUGAUGUUUAUAUACAGUAUAUAUCACCCUCAACAAAUGCUAAUUACCUUAGAAUACAACUUGUUACGCAUCAAGGAAAUGCACAAAAAAAUAAUCCUGUAGUUUACAUUAUUGCAUGCUUGAUGCCUGUGACAUGCAUGUGCAAAACAUUAUUACAAUAGUCGAUUUAACACAACAAUUGUAUAUUUUAGGAUUUCAACAAUCUCUAUGAACAUAUAACAGCAUGGAAUCCAAGUCAAGAAGUGAAAAACUCCUUCUUUGAAAAGGUACACUUAGACAGGUUUAUUAUACUGAAUAUCUACAUAUCAGUUGAAGAAACAUACUAAUAGGGUAUACUACUUUAAAAAAUCUUGCGGGAUGUGGGGGGGGGGUAGAUAUGAAAGGGAGUAGUUGGAUCCAAUAAUCAUGCUGUGUUGCAAUUGAUACAAAACUCAUCAUACACUGUUAUACUUACAUUUACCAGGCAACCGAAUGGGUGAAGACUUUCCUUAGUUUGGGAAAUAAGGAGGAUGGCUAUGGAAAACACAAUGUUACACCAUACAUACAUAUGCUCUGUUAUCAUGUACCACGAUUUCUUAAGCAGGAAAUGGCGGUCAAAAGAUUUACAGGACAAGGAAUCGAGAAAAUCAAUGACAUUGUGCGGUCGAUAUACCAUAAUAAAUCAAACAAGCACGAUGCUUGCAGUGAAGCACUACUUGCAUUAAAAAGGAUUGACAGGUUGCAGCAUCAUGAAAGGGAGCCACAAAAGUAUGUCAAAAGAGCCAACAAUUACUGGGAUAAUGAUAUAUAUGUACAGCGAAAAAAGCGGAAGCGAUUUAGUGUGGACCCGAGGGAAAUUACUCCUGAAAGUAAUAUCACAAUUAAUGUUGAUGACCUUAGCAUUGAAGAAAUUAAGCAGAAGAUCAAAUCUCUUGGCAUAAAAACAAGGCUCAGAAGCCUUGUAAAACUUAGAGAAUUCCUCCGUGCUCAACUUUGA